GUUACUGAAUGUAAAAAUGAAAACUUGACUGGGUAGGUCCAGACAGAGAAAACGUCUUAUUGUUUGUUGUGAAUGUCUCAGUCUGUCUCUCAGAAAGUCUUCAUGAGGACCCUUCCUCAACAUUUGUUUUUAAAUCGCCGGUCAUCUGUAGCUGACGCUUCCUAUUCAGAAUGUAUUUAGCCUUUAUUAGCAAAGUGGCUGAACUGUUAGCCACCGUGGAGCUAAAGCAGCUAGUAGGGAGUUAACCAGUGUUUCCAACGUGAAAGUCUGUAGAGGUUCAUGGUUUAGAGCCACAUAUUCCGAGUUUGUGACACUGUGUGGGGAAGACCACGCCGUAUGCGGACACCUCCUCUAACGUCGUUAUCCAGGUGAGGAUCGAGAGACUGGAGAAAGUUAGAAGUGGACCCAGAACUAGUGACCAAGAUAUGAGACUAUACACUGCAGCUUCAGCUCUGCUACAGUCUACAGUUUCUCUUAAUAUAAUUUAAUCAGAUGCCGAUUGGUGUCUGAUUCCAGUUUCAGUAAAAAAAAAAAAAAACCCUGGAGAUCCGGGUUCUAUGGCUGAAACUUUGACCUAGGCUGAAGACAAAUAUUGUGUAAAAGGGAAUCCCAGGUGGAGCGAGGAUGACUGAGAUGAUGAAGGUUGAAGCAGAUGAACCUGGAGGGUCCAGCUUGGAGUCUCCCAUACCUGCAGCAUCCACAUCAGAACUGGAGGAGGAAACACAAGACAGCAAGGAUAUCAUCCAGACGGUGGUGAUAAAGGAAGAGUUUGUCCAUGACUGGAGCUCCAGUUCUGACCAACAGGACUCGGAGACACUUGACAUAAAGGAGGAAGAGGAGGAGCUGUGGAUCAGCCAGGAGGAAGAGCAACGUGUUGUGAAGAUUGAAGAUGUAGAAAAAUCUCUGAUGUUUGAACUUGAUGGAAUCAAACCUCUUGUCGACGGAGAGGCAGAAGGUCCGACCAGCAGCUCUGCUGAUCUGUUGGAAGCAGAUCCUGACGGAGAUGACUGCGGAGGAGCAGACGCAGACUGGAGCCCAGAUCCAUUUUGUUCUUUUCAACAAAGUGACAUGACUGUUCACAAAAGAGGUAAAAGAUCUAAACUGUGCUCUGGCCUUAUGGCUCAGAUUGAAGUCCACGCAGGCGAGAAGCCAUUCGGCUGUGUUUUUUGUGGCAAAAGUUUCAAGCAUAAAACGUCGGUUAAAUUACACAUUAUGACUCACACUGGAAUAAGAGAACAUAGCUGUGAUCUUUGUGGUAAAGGAUUCAAAGAGAAGCGUUUCCUUCAGACGCACAUGAGACUCCACACUGGAGAGAAGCCGUUUGCGUGUAAUGUUUGCGACAGGAGGUUUCAUGCAAAGAAGUUUCUCAAAACUCACCUGGUGGUUCAUUCGGAAGAAAAACCCUUUUCCUGUGACAUUUGUGGCACAAGAUUUAAGAUAAAGGAAUGUCUUAAAAAGCACAUGAGAAUCCACACAACAGAUAGACCAUAUGUUUGUGGCGUUUGCAACAAACGCUUUUCACUACAAGAGACACUAAAGAGUCACACGCAUGUUCACACAGGAGAGAAACCGUUUAUUUGUAGUGUUUGCAGCAAAGGCUUUUCACGAAAAGAGAGUCUAAAAGGGCACAUGCGUGUCCACACGGGAGAGAAACCGUUUAUCUGUAGUGUUUGUGAUAAAGGAUUUUCACGGCAAGUCUACCUGAGAAAGCAUACGAUGGUUCACACGGCACCGUUUAGCUGUAGCGAUUGCGACAAACUUUUUGUGGACGAAAUACAGUUAAAGCGACACCUGAGGCUCCACACAGAGGAGAGGCCGUUUGGUUGCGAAGUCUGUAAAAGCAGGUUUAAUCAAAAGCGUCAUCUUGAGAAUCACAUGAAAGGCCACUCAGGGGAAAAGCCGUUUGUCUGCAGUGUUUGCAGUAAAGCGUUUUCACAACAGGUCUCUCUGAAUAGACACAUGCGCGUUCACACAAAAGAGAAACCGUUUGUGUGUAGCGUUUGCAGUAAGGCGUUUUCACAGCAAGGAAAUCUAAAGAGACAUAUGAGUGUUCACGAGGGCUGCGACUUGAUUCAGACAUGAUUUAGUUUUUGGAAUUAUUGACUAAUGUGGGAAUAUAUUCUGAAUAGUUUCUGGUCGCACAGCUGCUCCUCUCUUUACCGGUGCAUAUUUGACAAAACUCCCUCCACCCUGAAAACCAGUUAAUUUCUCCCUCAUGUCCGCACACGAUUAAGUCUUUGAUUCUGAAAACGUUGGCUUUUGGGAUGAAUUGGCACUUUAUAAAUAACCUGAAUCAAACUCUCCAGCUGCCUUUAAGCAUUAUUUAAUUGUGUUUGUGGAGGUUCUGCCCCACUAUGGACCUUUCCACACCAGUGGGCCUUAAAUGGGGAUAAGUCUUUAUAUAUUACUAACCCAAGCUCUGUGACAGGAGACUCCUGCUGUAUAUACUAAAUAAAUGUAUUUAUAAAUGUUCUGCCUUUCCAAUAUUUUGUAUAUUGGUAAUAUUUUUCUACUUUUUCGUCAAGAUUUUGAGAACAAAGAAGUUUGAAAGUGAUGGAUGUAAAUAUCCAGUUAAAAGCAAGUGUUACUUACGUAACUUUGUUACCAGACUUUCUGAGUGAAAUUUAUCUUUUAUUUUAUUUGAAUACACCCUUUCAGAAUCAUCCUCUAAAAGUAAUUUAAAUCUUGGUUGUAGCUCUCGAGGUAUGCCUGAGUUAUUUCAUUAAUCUGUGAACAUUUCUCUAACAGUCAACAGUUUUGCUAAUGUUUGAAGCUUCUUCAUGUCUGUCACUCCUAAAUUGGUGGCAUAUUAAUUAUGUUUUUCACUCAUUUGUUUUUAAAGUUACAUUUUUUUUAAUGGUGCUGCAGAUCAAUGAAGUCCUAUCAUUCAUAUUUUUCUGUUUUUUGUUUUAUUACAUUGAUUUUUGGAGAAAUGUUUAACAACUUACCACUAAACCUUCCCAUACUAAA